GUAGCUUCAUGUCCCUGUCCUUUUGAAAUGAGGUAGGUUAUAUGAUGUGUGUCGCAGCAGCAUCAUAAGGCCAACGCAUGUUGACUUGAUUGGUUGGUCUGUAUUGCGGCACGGCCAUGCUUCAAUAUUGGACCCUUGAUCAAUUUUAUGAGCUACACCUGUGUCAGUCCUACUGUGAAAAUAAGUUAUUUCUAAAAUGAGUUUAAUCUAUUCGGGUAGAUUGUUCAUGUUUUAGUUUCAGUUUACAUAUAUUACAUAUACAUAGCCAAAUAGAAUAACUUAAAACUUAUUUGGAAAAAAGUAACUAAAACAGAGUUUUCAAACAAAAACUAAAUUCAUCUGAAAGUCUAGAUUGGUCUUGAAUAAUAUUAUAAUAGCACAUUGAAUCUAAUUACCCGCCUGGCCUACACUUUGAACCACGCCGGAGUCAAAUGUCCGAUGUGAAACCAUAGGUUUGUUUCUGCUAUCGGCUCCUGCAUGAUUCCCUCCUCAGCAACUCCACUUCCUAGAUCUCAAUCACAUGGCUCCCUGUCACGGUUUGGUAGCCUUUUCACUUGCAGUUCGAGCGGUUGAGUAAACGGUGACAUCCCUCGAAAUCUGACUGGCUAAAAGGUUUCCUGACUGGAUUGGAGGGGUGUAGGAGAUACCAUCGCUAGGCAGAUACUAUUUGGGUUCGACCAUUAGGGCAUUCCGGAGCAGGCACAGCGUGGAUACGGCGUACGACUUUUUUUUUUUCCUAACUCUACAAUCGGGAGUAGUCUAGUUUACCGCCUCCAUUGUGAAACGCCGUUGGUGUUGUAAUUUAGUCCAAGUGCCAUUUUCAAUCAUAUCAUGGAUGAUGUUUUCAACACCCAAGAAGGACUGAACCGGUCUACGUUAUUCAGCACACACUUUAACUCUAAUUGCCGCUUUGAUGAGGAGUUUAAAUACAUUCUGCUGCCAGUGUCAUACAGCCUUGUGUUUGUGUUCGGCUUUCUGCUGAACUCCAUGGCCCUGUGGGUGUUCAUCACCAAGAUGCGCCCGUGGAACACCAACACGGUGUUCAUGUUCCACCUGUCGCUCUCCGACUUCCUGUACGUCCUGUCCCUGCCCACGCUCAUCUACUACUACGCCAACCGCAGCCACUGGCCCUUCGGCCUGUUUGCCUGCAAGAGCGUCCGCUUCCUCUUCUACGCCAACCUCUACUGCAGCAUCCUCCUGCUCACCUGCAUCAGCGUGCACCGUUACUUCGGCAUCUGCCACCCUAUCAAAGCGCUGCGGCUGGUGAAGCCGCGCCACGCCCACCUGGUGUGCGGCCUGGUGUGGCUGGCGGUGACCAUCUGCCUGGUGCCCAACUUCAUGUUCGUGACCACCUCGCGGCGCGACAACGACACUAUUUGCCACGACACCACCAGCCACGGGUUCUUCGACCAGUACGUGGACUACAGCUCGGUGGUCAUGGUGCUCCUCUUCGGCGUGCCCUUCCUGGUCAUCGUGGUGUGCUACUGCCUGAUGGCCCGGGCGCUGUGCCGGCCCAAGAAGGGGCUGUCCCAGAGCCGGCAGGGAUCCUCGUCGCGGCAGAAGUCCAUCAGGAUGAUCGUGGUGGUGCUGGCGGUGUUCGCCCUGUGCUUCGUGCCGUUCCACGUCACGCGCACGCUGUACUACGCGGCGCGCGUGCUGCACCUGGACUGCAGCCUGCUGAACAUCAUCAACUUCGCCUACAAGAUCACCCGGCCGCUGGCCAGCGUCAACAGCUGCAUCGACCCCGUCCUGUACUUCCUGGCCGGCGACAAGUACCGCUCCAAGCUGUUGUCUGCCCUCACGGGGAACAGAAGGGUGAUCAGCUCCAUUCCCUCCGAGGGACACGCCGCGACCAGACGCAACAACAACAACAACAAGGCCAACCCGGCCAUCCCGCUGGCCUUGAAGGACACUGACUCCAAACCCAGUGGAGAUGGAUAGAAUUGAACAUGUUUUUGUUUUAUCUACGUAUAUUGUGCUCAUCGCCUGGCUACGUACAUUUGAACCGAGAAUUGAACGUUUCUAGUUCAAGCACUAGAUAUUCGAGGUACAUAUUUUGCAGGGACUGGUCCAAGCGGUACCACAAAAGAACACUGUCAUGAACACUAUUGUGUUGUGGACUGUGGUUUCAGGGCGUGACAUGGCAUUAUGCCUUUAUUGGAAGGCACCCUGCUAUAGUGGGAUAUAAUGCGCUGGGUGAGCACACAUGUUUUCAAGUGAUACCAAAAAUAUAAUUUUGUCUGUUCUGUUGUGCGAUAACAAUGUUUGUCAUGCCAUAAAAGUAAAAUACGCAGUUUAUGAACCGUGACUCUGACCAGCUGUUUGGUAAUAUUAUGUCUAAAAUGAUUGUUAGACAUGAGGUAAUGUGAGGUUCUAUUAUAUUUAACUCUUAAAAAUAAGAAUAAACAAACCAAAGCCUGCAGAGCCUCUUUCUCCAGCUGUUAGUAUUUGGUCCCUAGGAUGAACAGCUGCUUCUUGCAUCUGCACGCUGUUACAUUUGAGCUGAAUGAGAGCUGGGAACCAGACUAGUUCUGGCCGAGGCUAAGGACAAAUACUGAACAGCCCACGCCUCUUUGGAUAACCCCUGGAGGGGAUAAAUGGGCUUUCCCUUCACUGCCCUCUAGUGGUUGAACCGAUUUGGUUGCAUCGGGGUUAUUUUCUUUUUGGAAACCACUAUUACGCAAUUUCCUAAUAUCUUGGCACCGUAUGGGGACAAUGCUGGGAAGAUCUAUGUGCUUUCUACACUCGCUGUAUACGUCGAAUCUGUCUGUGUCUAUGAUGUAUUGUUUUUCUGUUAUAAGUAUAAUUAUGUGAACUGUUUUGAGGUUCAGCAUUUUUGGUAUAUAAACCAAUAUACUUGUAUAUGUAUAACUAUAUUAACUGUCAUAUAGUUGGUAUGCAAUGAUUGUUUUUCUGAAUAUAUGAAGUAUUUGUGAUUUAAGGUGUGUGUGUGUGUGUGUGUGUGUGUGUGUGUGUGUGUGUGUGUGUGUGUGUGUGUGUGUGUGUGUGUGUGUGUGUGUGUGUGUGAAUGUAGAUGAAUUAAUUUGUAAUAUUCUAUUUGACACAAGAAAACCCUGGCCUAUGAAAGAAGAAUCAUGAAGAGAUGUAAGGUUGUCAAGAGGACCUAUUAUCCCCUACCCUGUAAGGUCAUAGGCCUACAUGCUACAAAGGUACAUAAUACAGGAUAUAAGAAACCUUCACAGUAAACAUUACAUCCUUAAUUUAAAAGUAGGUAGUAAGGAUUUAGGACGGUAUUAUGAGUUUGAGUUAAACUAAUAAUACAUAUUUAUAUAAAUCCCUGGAAUAAUUAUCCAUAUAUUUUAUAGGACUCAUAUUUAAUUAGGUAACAGGAAGGUGGAUUUUGUGUUUCAUUUUACUUUUUCAAAAUUUGUAGUAUAAUUAAUUAAACAUUUGGUAAUAAAACUAUUUUCCCUUACUUUAUAAAAGGCAUGUAGUUGAUGCACUUUAGCUUAUUUCAUAUAUUUCUAUGAUAAGGACCCAAGUGUAUACAUAAAUAGAAUACAAAUAUAAUAAAAUGGGUUUGAAUUCAAUUUGUUAAAUAAAGCAACGCCAACUACUCCACACUUAGACCUACCAUCUUGACAUGUCCCUUUAAUUUAAUUGUUUAAACCGUUCUUAUGGAGGAAAUUAGUUUAUUAAAUACAUAGCACAUAUGUGUUACCUGCGGUUUUGAGGUUACCAUUUAAUACUCAAAUUAUUUAUAUUUGUUACUUAAAUUGUAGGAAAUGGAUGUCAGGGACCCGCUCAAAGGGCCACUUAUACGCUGACAUUUGACAUAAUUUGAAUUUAGAUUUUCAUAAAUACAUUCAGUUUAAUUAUUAUUGUUUUCUAUUUUAUUAUUUUCCGGCAAUGUUUAUCCAAAUGUUUGUGUAAGGCAAAUUCAAUAUUGUUUCCCCUACUGGAUUUUGUACCUGUGCCAUACAUUCAUUUCACACCGGUAAGGGCAAUGACAAGGCUAAACUUUAGCGAUUCAAGGAUAAGAGCUAAUAAAUAAACUACUGAAAUAGAAGCUUAACAAUUAGACUCUAGCUGCCCCUCAUGAUUGACACGUUGUCGCUUGUUUUCCUCGGGGUCAAGGUUUUUAGGUCAGCGUAAGGGCGCCUCCAAGUGGCCGAGCGUGCUACGUCAAGAGACCCCAACCAUCAAAUUACUUUUUCAGUAACAGGUAGGAGUGAUGGAUAGCCAAAUUGCAAAUGGCCUCGGGACAACAACGUAAUAACAGGUGUCAUUUACGCCUCAAGCGGGACACAAUGGUGGUGAAAUGAUUGUUUGACAACUGCCUGCUGUGCACAUUUUAGGCUACCUUAAUUUCCAAACGAGCUAUUUAGCUUCUUUGAGUUACAUGUCUUGUCAUAAUGGCUCAUUGUCGGAUGUGGGGUGAUUGAUUUCUGUUGAACUUGUAAAAUGGACAGAAUUAAUCAUUUUAAUCAAUUAAAGCAUUGCCUAAAACUAAGUAGGAUAAGGCUAUAAAACCACUCUUACUGACUUUGCCUGUAGG